AUGGGGAGACCAAGUGCCUCGGAGGUCAUCUUCAUCUCCGUCAAUCACAGCAUCACUUUAAUGGGGAAGGUGUGGCUAAUUGUGAUGAUCUUCCUCCGCAUCCUGAUGCUCUUGUUUGCUGGCUAUCCCCUCUACCAGGACGAGCAAGAGCGAUUUGUGUGUAACACCAUUCAGCCGGGCUGUGCCAAUGUGUGCUAUGACCUAUUUGCUCCUGUCUCUCUGUUCCGCUUCUGGCUGGUACAACUCGUCACCGUAUCUCUCCCCUACAUUAUCUUUGUCAUCUACGUAGUUCAUAAGGUCUCAAAUAGCCUCAAUGUCGAUCCAGACACCUCAGAUCACAUCAAAGCCAGCCCGCUCUAUAAGAUCCACCAACAGGAGUUGUUCAGGAAGACGCCUGUGAACAAGAUGACCCUCGAGGCUGAACGAGGGUGGGCCCAGUGCUUCACAGGAGCCUAUAUCCUCCAUCUUGUGUUUCGGAUAUUGCUGGAGGCUGGGUUCGGGGCAGCCCACUACUAUCUGUUUGGUUUCUUUGUCCCUAGGAGGUUCCUGUGCCAGCAUCCGCCGUGCACCACACAGGUGGACUGCUACAUUUCCAGGCCAACCGAGAAGACUGUGAUGCUCAACUUCAUGCUGGGUGUUGGAGCUCUGUCUAUCUUCCUGAACGUGUUGGAUUUCAUCUGUGCCAUCAAGCGUUCGGUGAGGCAGAAAAGCAAGAGGAAAAUGAUGGUGGAUAAGAUGUACGAGGAGGAACAGUAUUACCUUUCGGCCGGUGGUACCACCCAGGGGAUAGACCCGAAUGUUCCUCUGGCCCAUCAGGGUCUAGAGGUAGAAGGUAGUCAUGCAGGAAGCUACCGGAAGAGACGGAGCAGUAAGGGGUCAAGCGCAGGGGGGGUGCUUGGAUUAGGCCAGGACCAGUCCUGCACAGAGCGUUCCUCUCUCCCUCGCUCUCCAGUCUCUCUCGCUCCAGGAUCUCCAGGCUCCAACACCAACACCAACGGGAACAAUGGGUACUCUGCAGGCCAGGAGGAUGCUCCAGAGGCGGAUGGCAGUGAGGUAGCUCUGUGCCCCCCAGAGCCCAUGGGAACGCCCAGAUCCAUCCGCGUUAGUAAACGCAGUCGGCUCAAACCGCCGCCUCCACCCAGACGGGACCUUGGAUUGCCCUCUGGUGAGUCAGUGGGGCCCAUCUGCGAUAUUUCCACAGCAACAACUGUCUGUACAAGAAGGAUGGGUCAGUACACUCUGGUCCAGCUGACCAGUGGUGCAGAGCUUCAGACAAAUGAUGAAGGGCAAGAGAAAAGAUCAGAGUGGGUGUGA